AUGACUAGAAAAGGUACUUUAUCAAAUAAAUAUAGAUUACUUUGAAUAUAAGAGAGUUUAAUGUAAUGAAGUAUUUUUUUGUUGUGGUAAACUCAACAAAUGUGAUUUUAUAAUGUCAUCUUAUUAAAAUAAAAUAAUUUAUAAUAAAUCUUAACUAGUUUAAAAAUGCGUAAAUAAAUAAAAUAAUUAAUAAAGCUAUUCAUGUCAAACACUGGCAGUACCAAUACAACAGGCUUUAAACUAAAAAACAUCUUAAUGAAUUAUGAAUCAAUUACUAAGCCAUAUAGAUUCUACUUAAAUAAUGAAUAAUAAAUUAUUAAUGUCUAUAUAGAAUUACCUCCUGAAACUGAGCUUAUAUAUGCUAUCAGCCGAGUCUUAUAAAUAGCCAGCGCAAAUAACCCUCUUGAUUAAAACCCUUAAAAUUAUGAAUUAUAUAUUGCUUAAAAAAAUGGAUAACCUUAAACAGAUUAUCCAUCCUUUGAAACUGAUCUCAGACUUGAAUAGACAGAUAACUUUACAUUUUCCCUUGUUCAUAUGACAUUUAAUAAUAAAUAUACAAAAAGAAAAUCUACUCAUGAUUACAGCAACUAAUACAGCUACAGUCCAUUAAAAUAGAAAAAGUAAUCCAAAGAUAUUGAUGAUAUCAAAAAAGGAAAGAAUUGUAUUUUCAGAUUUUUAGGUUGUUGAAAACUAAUGAUUCUAACUAAUUUUUUACCUACC